CGUUCCCAAAUAAUCGGCUCAGUAUCGAAUCGAACGAGCAAAAGUGAAAAACGGUAAAGAGAUGAUAUACCCAACGCUACUCGCAGUGGUAGCAAUAGCCUUCACAAUUCCGGCCACUUCUGCGCAGCUGGAGAACUUCUGCCACGGAGUCAUUGCUGGUAUUUUUCCACAUCCGGAUCCGCGGCUGUGCUUCAUGUAUGUGUCAUGUGCCUUCGAGGAAGCGUUCCUGUAUCAAUGUAAUGAAGGAUUCGUCUUUGACGAAAGCAUUUCGGAGUGCGUUCCCGGAGAAUGGGAAGAUUGUGGACGGGAAAUAAACCCAGAGUUGGAGCUGAUCUGUGCCAACGUUUCAUAUGGAGUGUUUGAAUAUGAAGAGGAUUGCGGAAAGUUUAUCUUCUGUCAACGUGGAAGGGCAUCGUUGAUCGAGUGCUUGGAGAAUGAAAUAUGGCUUCAAGAGAAGGGUUCUUGUGUGUUCGGAGAUAGAGACACUUGUCAACCGGGAGAUGUGUUUUGUAUGGGAAUGCCAGACGGAGUGAUUCCCCAUCCAGAGGGGUGUGGCAAAUUUGUUGAAUGUGUUGAUGAGCGCAGCACUGUCAUGAACUGCGACAGAGGAAUGAUAUUUGAAGAGGGUGGCGUAGAAUGUGUGAUCGGAAGUUUACAGACAUGUCAGUCCUCGGAAGGCAUUUGCAGCGACCAACCUAAUACACUACAUCCACAUCCGGAGUUAUGUGAUCUUUUUAUGAGAUGUGAUGGUAGUGAUGCGAUACUCAUGACCUGCGGGCCAAAUGAAAUAUUCCGGCCAGACAUUCAGUUCUGUGUGCCCGGUGAUCAAGACACUUGUGUCCCAAGUAGACCAGAAGAAGCUUGCGUUGGCAGACCUGAUGGAAUCGUACCGCAUCCAGAUCGGUGCAAUCAAUAUAUUGCCUGCAACGGUGGUAGCUCGUCCGUGCACGAUUGUCCUACAGGACAGAUUCUUCGACCAGAAGUACCAAUUUGCGUGGCAGGUAAUUCAGAUACGUGCGAGUUAAUGGACGGAGUUUGUACAGGACGUCCAGAUAGAUACGUAAUAGAGCAUCCAAACUAUUGCGGAUGGUUCAUUUGGUGUCAAAACGGACAAGCGAGCGUCUUCCAGUGUCCGGCGAACGAAAUACUUCGACCAGAUAUGCAGUUUUGCGUGCCUGGCACUGAAGAAACAUGUGAAGCUGCUGAGAUAGACGAAAUGUGUAAUGGACGCCAUGGGGUUAUCUAUCCCCAUCCUGAUCGAUGUGAUCAGUACAUACGUUGUGAAGAAGGUAAUCUGAACAUAAACUCCUGCCCUCCAUACAUGGUCAUAGAACGAGGAACCAUUCAAUGCGUUGCCGGUAAUACGGAAACCUGUGAGCUUUACGUUGAUCUCUGUCGAGGACGACCAGAUGGCAUUAUUCCGCACCCAUCCAGAUGUCAUUUGUAUAUUGAAUGUCGAUCGGGGCAGGUAGAUUUGAAUUCGUGCCCUGAAGGACUCAUCUUCGAUUCAUCACAAUCACAAUGCGUCCCCGGUAAUACAGAGACGUGCGAUCACUUGGUAGAAUAUUGUAUAGAUCGACCGGAUGGAGUGAUUCCGCAUCCCAAUCGAUGUGAUUUGUUCAUGAUCUGUACCAAUGGAAUCACGUCGGUACACCAGUGUCCAUGGGGAGAAAUUCUUCGUCCCGAUAUGCAAUUCUGCGUUCCUGGUAACAGCGAUACGUGCCAGUUUACACCAAUUGACGGAAUGUGUAACAAUCGUGAAGGAACUGUAAUCUACCCACAUCCCUACGAUUGUUCACAGUUUGUGCGAUGCCAGGAAGGCCAACUCAGUGUUGAAAAUUGUCGUGAAGGAACAAUAUUGCAGCCCGGAACAAUUCAAUGUGUCGCCGGUAAUCGGGAUACUUGCGAACUGUAUCUGGAUAGGUGUAUAGGAGUCGAGCAACAAAUUAUUCCGCAUCCUUCCGAAUGUCACCUCUACAUGAGAUGUGAUUCUGGUCAGGCUUCGGUCGACUCUUGCACUCGUGGUAUGGUAUUCAUCGAUGGAGUUUGCGUCAUUGGUGAUCGCGACUCGUGCGAAUCUUGGCAAUUGGUCUGCGGAGCUAUUGCAAAUCAGAUAAUAUCACAUCCAAAUUUCUGCGAUUUGUACAUCGAGUGUCGUGAUGGACUAACGAGCAUGCGACCUUGCUCUUCAGGACUAAUUCUGCACCCAAAUAUGCAGGUCUGCACUCCAGGUUUUCUGGACACAUGUGAGUUCAUUCCAAAGGAGGAAAUGUGUGAUGGCCGAGCCCAAGGACGUUUCCCGAUACCCGAUCAAACGCAGUGUAAUGAGUUUGUCACUUGUUCAAAUGGUGUGGGAAGUUUGGAUUCAUGUCAGGAUGGAACGGUUAUGCGACCUCGAUUUAUCGAUUGCGUUCCUGGCAACGAGCUCACCUGUGCGGCUUAUCCUCACAUUUGCCUCUUCCGACCGAACGAGCACAUUCCUCAUCCAGUAAGAUGUGAUAUGUUCGUAUCGUGCAUCUCGGAAAUGCCACAUGUCGUGCCCUGCCAACGAGGCGAAAUAUACAACGCCGACAGAGACAUGUGCGUCCCUGGAAGUGCUGCGUCUUGCGUAUCAUUCGAACAAGUCUGUAGUGACCAAGAAGAUGGAUUCAUACCGCAUUUGAACUAUUGUGAUUUGUUCAUCGCCUGUACGGGAGGAGUUGCCACCGUGGAAGCGUGCCCUUGUGGUGAGAUUUUCGUACCGGAAAUACAGCAGUGUCUACCGGGGGAUGCCGAAACUUGUGUACUGCAGCCGGUUUAGAGUCAAGGGGGGUGAAUAUAAUGGAGCCUGAUAAGCUUUUCGGCAUGUGAUUGAGUUAAGAAAAAUACUUAAAAAAAAUCAGGCAAAUAAUGUAAGCAUCAGUCGAAAUUUCGUUCAAAGAUCAAACAUUCUUAUUUCAAAUACAUUUAUUUAACAAUCUAA